UUUUUAAAAUAAGAUUCUGAUUGUUCGUCUGUGUUUCCAGAUGAGGACUUCUCUCCAUCUUGGAGGCUUACAGCUCACCUUCCUCUUCUUCGCUCUUCUCUUCUUACUGACAACGGUGGACACGAAUCCCUUACCCCCCACCCCUCUCCUGCCCACAGUGGACAGACCCCAGCUGGAGUCUGCCCUGCAUCAUCUCCAAGUGACUCUGGAGGACCCCAGAGACUCCGAACCUUUAGAAGGUUGGCCUGAAGACCUCCAGUCGGUCAUUUUGGAGCCUAUAGAGGGCAGAGCCAGCUUUGAAGAAGAGGGAGAGAGUGACAAACCCUGGGUAGAAGAGGUCCUGCUGAGGGCACAAAGAGGGAACCUCAUGGACAAGCCGGUCGCCCCCUUCCCUGGAGAAAACUCUCUGGAUAGUUUGCAUUAUCAAGAAGAUGAAGGCGAGGAGGGGUGGAAGAGAAACGAUGCUCUGACCUCCAUCGCCGGAGGACUCCAAGCUGUCAGCCGUGAGAAAGGAGGAUUUGGUUUCCGCUUUGGGAGGAAGAGGUGGACGGAUCGGGGAUGGAGGGACAGAGGGUUGAGUGCAGAUGAAUAAGAGAAGGGGUUCAGCUAAACAUUGACAUAAAAAGAAGAGUUUCAUUUUCUCUUUCCUGAUGAGAAAAUCAACAAAUAAAUUUGACAGUAAGUCAAAAAUAUGUUUAAGUGAUAUGCAAAGCUGGGGGAAGUUGUCUUUUACAUCACUGCUUCAAAUCAUUAGUUGUUAUAGAGAAAAUUGUGAGACAAAACUGAAAAUUCUCAAUAAAAAACUGAAUUAAAUCACAAUAAGGAACACGAAAAUUAUAGUUUCACUUGACUUUUACAGAAGAAUUUUCAGCCCUAGUGCAUGCUUAUGUAAAUAAGUCACAAACUUAUGACCGUUUUUGAUUGCUAUCUACUUGCUAAGCAGAACAACAUUCUUUACAGUAAUGAGAAGGGAAUUUAAGAACAAGCUGGACUGCAUGCUAACCCACCAAACAUUUUUUUCUUUUCUAAUUAUGUUUUUGUCAUUUUAGAUAGAAAGGUUGUUUAAUUAAGUUAUUCAGAACAUUCUCUUAUUCAGGUUCUCCAAUUACGAUGGACUCUCAUCACUUUAAUGGGUCACAAACAUAAAAAAAUCUACUUUAAACAGAAACAAAUGUAAAAUAGUGCAAAAGAGGAAGUGUUGUGUUUAAGCUGACAAUGCUCAGGAACUUACUUCUGUUUCCACAUAAAUCCCCUAUUUUCUAUGUUUAGAAGGAGGAAUAUAUUGUUCAGGUCAAUGAAAAUGAUAUUUUGUUGUGAUUAUUUAUUAAAGUGUCUGUUCUAAAGCAAA